AUGGCUCCCAGCACCGUGGCCGUGGAGCUGCUCAGCCCCAAAGAGAAAAACCGACUACGGAAACCGGUGGUGGAGAAGAUGCGCCGCGACCGCAUCAACAGCAGCAUCGAGCAGUUGAAGCUGCUGCUGGAGCAGGAGUUCGCGCGCCACCAGCCCAACUCCAAGCUAGAGAAGGCCGACAUCCUGGAGAUGGCCGUCAGUUACCUGAAACACAGCAAAGCCUUCGCCGCCGCCGCCGCCGGCCCCAAGAGCUUGCACCAGGACUACAGCGAAGGCUACUCAUGGUGCCUGCAGGAGGCUGUGCAGUUCCUGACGCUGCACGCGGCCAGCGACACGCAGAUGAAGCUGCUGUACCAUUUCCAGCGACCCCCGGCCGCGCCCGCCGUGCCCGCUAAGGAGCCCAAGGCGCCCAGCCCUACGCCCGCGCCUGCCCCGGCCAAGGCCGCCGCUGCCGCCACUGCGCGACAGCCCGCCUGUGGCCUCUGGCGGCCUUGGUGA